GCGUUGUCCCGCGGCAAGAUGCGACAAUUUAUUGUUCCUGUACUGUUGCUCGCAGCAGUGGCACUCUCGUCAAGCAAUGUACUUCCAAUGAUGUCCACAAACCAGCUGGAGUCUGAAAUCGCCGUAGAAGGCCAACAAAAUGACAAUAUAUUUAGUAGUAGGUUCAACCCUAGAGACAUUGCGAACAAAGAAUUUUACACUACACCCGUUCGUGUACCACAACGUAACACAUUUUUGAGACAAAUAGAAAAGUUUAACAAAAACAAUCUUCGAGCAGAGGAGAUUAUUAACAACGUCGUGAAUGAUGAGGAUUAUUACGAUGGUGAAGGAUUUCGGAAAAAGCAAUGGCAUAAUUACCCGAGACAAUUAGACCGGCUUCAAAAGUUUCUAUUCUCAUCGCACAAAACUGAUAAAAGAACUCCUGAGACCGACGAUCUGGACAAUCCUGAAGGCAAUGACUCAACGGCAUCUAGUGAUAGAAUUGAUGAUAUAUCAACCAACGAAUAUUUUCUUCAUAGUGACGGAAGGCACAACAUUUACGACGCAGUAGUAGCUGCUACUAGCCCCUUGUUAAUUCUUAAAAUUCAUUUAGCGUGUUUCAAUAAGGGAAUUAAGCAUUCGUUAACUACAGAGGAUGAAUUCCAAGUUGAACCUAAGUUUGUAAGCGAAAACAACAUUGAUGAGGAGAAUAAAUUCUCGAAUAAAAUAAACCUCGGAACGAAGGUAAAACGAGAGGACGACUUGUCGUUGGUUACUGGUAAUUCAGAUAACGUACCAAGUUCAAAAAAAACCAAGCGUCUAUUCUCCCUAUGGAGUAGGCUUCAGACGCUGUCACACAAAGGUCACGAACUCCCACACCGACGGCACCUAGCGUUCUACGGCUUCCCAGAUGAAGAGUCCGGAGGCAGCACCGGUACGCUCAGCUCUCCACAGACCAGGGCUACCUUCGUACGUCCUCCAGGGUCGCCUUUACGCUGGGGAUAAUUCACACCUUUAAAUCGUGGAGUCCUCAUUACACGUCCAGUUUUCUAUUUGUUUAUGGUGUUAUUGCAUACUGAGUUCUAGUUAAAUUUAACUUUUAAGGAACAUUCACUGCUAGUAGAGUUUUCUAUAAAACUGUAUCAAGAGCUUAUUGUUUAGUUUUCUCGCGAUUUGUUUGAUUAUUCCUACUACUCUAUAUUACGUUAUUCGAACGUUAUGUGUAUUUGAACAAGCAAUAACUUUUUUCAAUUUUCAUUAAUUUAAUAGCCGGACUCCACCAUCUAUACGCCCCAAAAGAAACCUCGCUUGUUUUAUUUCAAAUUAUGAAAAUUAAUAAUUAAAAUUAAAAUAGAAAACGCAUAACAAAACUGAAAAGUACAAUAAAAAGACCAAAUCGUCUCUGUUAGAUCAUAGUAGAUAUUUAUUUACGACACAGAUUUGUAUUGACUGUUUGUAUUAUUAAACAAAAUAUUAUAACGGUAGAAUCGACUAUCUAUGUAUAAUAAUAAUAAGUAUUAACGGAUGCUACGUAAUGUAAAUUUUAACUGAAAUGUGCUUAAUUGAGGCUUUGUCCUCUCUAAGAGGACACAUGCUUUAAUCCUUCACUUCCAAAUCGUACCUAUGAAUAUCUAUUGUGUCUGUAACUUUCACGAAAUAAAUAUUUUAUGAACUUUCAUAGUGGUAAUAAAAUAAUUACGUACUCAAUAUAUCUGUAAAUAAAUACAGUGUAUAUCA